AUGGAGAACUCCACGAACUACACUUUACCUCUACAAAGUACUUAUUUUGAUCUUGCUUUAGGUUGUACAAUUCUGAUUGGUAUAGCAGCUCUUGUGGGGAUAUCUGGAAAUUUAAUGAUUAUCUUCUUUUAUUUCUUUCGGAUCAAAGACCGUGGAGAGCGAUACUACAUUCCGAUUCUUGCAGUUAUUGACUUUCUUUCAAGCAUCACUAGCUCCUUAUACAACAUCAUGGAUAACUCUUAUUUUUAUAACUACCCCAAUGACGUCAUCUGUCGACUACUGAGCGCUCUACAGGUUUGUGUACCGGGGAUAUCUGCCCAUGUACUACUAUCCAUACAAAGAUACCUUUUAGUGUGUAAGCCAUUUGGACCAAAAAUGACGUUAUUUUGGAAACGACUUGCUCUGGGACUGGUUUUUGGAAUUACAGUAGUCUAUUCAGUUCCCAUCUUGGGAACAGCUGGGGUGAAAACUUCCCAGGAGGUAAAGGUAGCCAACAAAUAUAAAGAAGACACUGUACCCACAGAACUAGAGGCUGUUUCGGAUUCGAACGCCGAGCAAAUUGAAAUGAAAACAGUCAUAAAUUCUAAUGUUUCAACUCCAGCGACAAAUGAAGAACCAGUUCCAAAUUUAUCUCCAGGUAAAACUACAGAGCACGGAAGCGCUACAGAGACUGCUGACGAUACAGAGGAAGCCAAUUCCUCUACCAGUCAAAACAUUUCAAAGAAUGAGAAUAAAGAUGAAAAAGCGAAGGAAAUGAAAGAAACCAAGUCAAAGC